GGGAGGUGCCACAUCCGGCGGCUGCUCCGCACAGCAUAAAGCCGAGGCCGCCGCGGCUGGCCUCCCGCAGCAGCGUCUCUCGGAGUGCAGAGGCUGUUCCAAUGCCCCAGAGCGACCAUGGGCGCCCCGCACUGGUGGGACCAGCUGCGGGCUGGCAGCUCGGAAGUGGACUGGUGCGAGGACAACUACACCAUCGUGCCGGCCAUCGCCGAGUUCUACAACACGAUCAGCAACGUCUUGUUUUUCAUUUUACCGCCCAUCUGCAUGUGCCUAUUUCGUCAGUAUGCGACAUGCUUCAACAGUGGCAUCUACUUAAUAUGGACCCUUUUAGUCGUAGUGGGAAUCGGAUCUGUCUACUUCCAUGCAACCCUUAGUUUCCUGGGUCAGAUGCUUGAUGAACUUGCAAUCCUUUGGGUUCUGAUGUGUGCACUGGCUAUGUGGUUUCCUAGAAGAUAUCUACCAAAGAUCUUUCGGAAUGACAGGGGUAGGUUCAAGGCAGUGGUCUGCGUCCUGUCUGCAGUCACGACAUGCCUGGCAUUUGUCAAGCCCGCCAUCAACAACAUCUCUUUGAUGACCCUGGGGGUUCCAUGCACUGCGCUGCUCAUCGCGGAGCUGAAGAGGUGUGACAAUGUCCGUGUGUUUAAACUGGGCCUCUUCUCGGGCCUCUGGUGGACCCUUGCCCUCUUCUGCUGGAUCAGUGACCGAGCCUUCUGUGAGCUGUUGUCCUCCUUCCACUUUCCCUACUUGCACUGCGUGUGGCACAUCCUCAUCUGCCUUGCAGCCUACCUGGGCUGUGUGUGCUUUGCCUACUUUGAUGCUGCCUCAGAGAUCCCUGAGCAAGGCCCGGUCAUCAAAUUCUGGCCCAGUGAGAAGUGGGCCUUCAUCGGUGUCCCCUAUGUGUCCCUCCUGUGUGCCCACAAGAAGUCACCAGUCAAGAUCACAUGACGGCAAGGCAGAGAGGCUGGCUUCUCUGCUUAUUUUCUCCUUCGUGCACAGGGCUUCAUUUGCUAGCAAAGACAGCCAAGGGUUUGAAGAAUUGGUGUGGGGUGUGUCUUUUUAAAAUUCUCUUCCCUUGUGCUCUCACUAGGGUAUCUGUGAACUGCCAGGAUUCCACUAUUCCUGGGAGAAGUGUCUGUCUUUUCUCAAAGACAGAACGUAGAGGGCUUGAGACAGGAGUAGUUUUCUGAGUUGCUUCCAGGUGUACUGGCUUGUGGGGCUGCAUCCUUUGUUUCCAUGGCAGAGCAGUCUGGGGCUCUGGCCCCAGAGCAGCCCAGUGCCUCAUCCUGGAGAAGGGUGGCCUCUUCAGACCCCACCAUUCCCAGUUCUUUCGAGUGGACUCUACUCUUGAUAGACAGCCCCUCUGACAGACAAGACUCUGAUUCUCUAAUGGAAGGUGCCAGAAAUUUUUCAUUGGGGAAAACACUCCUCAAUAAAACCAAACAAAUGAAACACAUGUAGGGUGGCUAAGGAGGCUGGUUUUCACUCACAUGUCUCAGCUAACCCAGUCUUCCCAUGCAUGUGUGAAUCCUUUACUACUACCUCUGCUGAGAGAGGGAGACUUAACUUCACAGAGGGCGAAGCUGGUGAGUAAAACCCUCUGGGCCAAAAACUACACUCCAUUCUUGAAGAUAAGUACAACUUCUUAAACUGUUGACAUGGUUUCUAUCCCACUUCCCCCAGCUCAGUAGCCUCAAAUAUAACUGGCCCCUGUAAGAUUACCAAAGAACUCUCUUCAAUUGUGGUGGGGGUCUUGGUUGGAAUUUUGGAGCAAAUACACAGUUUCUGAAACUUUUUCUAAUUUGAGGCCUCCCAGAAUGCAACACUGUUCCAGAAAUUACCCUGAGAAUCUCGCUUCUUAUUUCUCUGCCAUUUCGGGUGGGGAUUCUGCUUCAUACUCUCACAGUACCAGGUGCUUCCUGUGGUUUCUUAGAGCAUCUGACUGCUGGCUUUUUUCACAUGCUGGCAAUCACUACACACUGAUUGGCUGGGGUCACUGGUAGUGGGGUCAAUCUGUGGCCUUCUGGGUUUUUCUCACCUAAUGUGACACAGGCUACAAUAAUCUCUCCACUGGGCUAAAUGGCAGGCUUCAAGACUGUCCUCAGGGUAGGAGGGCUAGGAACUAUGGAUCUCAGGGAACUCACUGUAACUCAGGCAUCUCCUGCUUUGUAACAUUCCAUUGUGGGGAGAGGGCAGGAAAGACGAUGGACAGGCAUCAUGUCACUGUCCUAAAUAUUUAAAGAGAACAGUUUCUAGCAUAUUCAGGAACUCUUAUUCUGAUUAAGAUUUGUACAAGAUCCAGAGUGAAAGGCCAAUAAGCAACUUUAAUUUAGAAUUUAAAAAUGAAUGAGUUUAUUCCUUGAUGGUUUUCAUGUUAUUUUAGCAGCAGAAACCUGUUUGUAGUAAGAAGUGUUUAUGGAACCCCAAUGUGUAAAAUAAGUUGCAUUUUAUCAAAUGUGUCUUCAGGUUAAAUUUAUAGCAUUUACUUAAUAAUAUAUCAGGUUGUGAAGAUGGAAAUUAAAACAAAUUGGUGACUUGCAAGAUAGAAAAAUUUGAUAUUAAAUCAGUGUACAUGUUGCCUUACUGUAUUUUUAAGGUACAUUUAAAAUGAUUUUGAAUUGAAUGUUUGUGGAACCUCUAAUGUACCUCUCUGAGACCUGUGGUUCAUGGAGUAGAACUGCUGUUAAGUCUUCUGGGUUUCAGUCUAAAAUUUUUUAAAGGAAAAUGGAGCAUGCUCUUUUCUGGUUGACCGUACCAGGCAUGCAUGCUAGCCUCAUCUAUGCCUCAGUAUAAAAAUGCUCUAAAGGAGAAGUUUGCUAUACUUUAAGCUCAACUGUUUUAGUAUGGAAGCAUGGAUAAGAAAAAGUAGAAUGUAGGAAAUAUUUUUUUGUGUGUUUGCAAGAUUUAAUUUGUCCUGAAGAUUCCUUGGUGACAGGAGCAUUGUACUAACAGUCAAAAAGGGACCAUUUGUCUUUAUCAGGAAAAGUACUUAUUCCCUGGGGGGUCUGCUGACACCCCCGAUGCCAGCCCCUGGAAGGAGGGAUAAAAUGUUACUGAUGGGUACAUUGAAUAAGCCUGGAGAAAAGGAAGUAAGUGUCCUGACACACAGGGCAGUUCCCUCUGCAGUAAGACAAAUGAUUAAGAUGUCAGAGGUUUUGAUAGAAAAGCAGUAUGCCCUUCUAGAAACUGGUUCCAAAAAGAUGAGAGCUGGGGAAAAAAAAGUUGAAUGGAGUAUAUUUGAGGAGGACAAAACAAAACUCUACUUUUGAACAGAAAUAACUAUGGCUUGCCAGCAUAAAUUAGGAGAGUAGAAAUUACUGAUUUUAAUUUCAGUUAGGUUAAGGCAUCAUUCAGAUUGAUAUCAAAGCACUACCUGAUCUUUAAAACAAACAUACAAACUACAGAAAAGUUGUAGAAGAAAAAAGGUAACCCAUAUUUCUCUUGCCCGAGAAUGUCCAUUGUGAAUACUUUGGUAUUUGGGUGUAUUUCCUCAUUUCCUUCUCAUCUUUUUCCUAAUGUAGUUAUAAAUAGGCGCCUUUAAUGUCGAUGGUUUAUCGUGUAACUUGAAUGGAAUCUGAGCACCAGUUGUGUGUACUUCACAAGGAGCAAGUAUGGAAUGCACUAGAGUUUGGCUGUAUACUUGAGUGCUGAUCACUGGCUCUCAGACUUACUACUGGAUCUUCCCUUUCUAUCAAGCCUCACAUGAAUGGGGCUUAGAGAUAAUGAACUGAAUGCUACUCUUUGACACUGUUUCUGCACUUAGAUUAACAAGUUACAGAAUACAGGUGUUCAAUAUGUAACUUCAUAGAUUUAGAUGUGUUCAAAUUUUUUUUUAAAUAAAGCCUAUUUCAUUAAUGUACAAUCAAGAAUUUCCAUCCCUCCCAGUAGACUUGACAUUUAGGAGUUGGGUCAUGGCUAUGUCACUUAGCAUGUUCAUCAGAUUUUGUUCUGGAUAGAAUCUGUGUGAGAGCUAUACCCAGCAGGAACUGAAUUUAGGAUAGAAAACCCAUUGAUGUGAUCAUUUCCAUCUGUGAUUCUUGUUUUAUAGUGUUUGAUGAAUAUUAGAAAAAGAAAUACUUCUCCCUUUAUGAUUACAUUAUUAUAAAACAAGCACUUCAGGUGUGUGGGAGUGACAAAUCUGCAUCCAUUUGGUAAUGGGCUACAAUUUUGGGAACUCUGUGCCUGUCCAAUGAAGAGUGCCUAAAACAUUUAUUCUAGAUCAAAGAUGUUCUGUUGGGGGACAAAGCUUGAUGGUCACCGAACACAGGCUUUGUAAAAAUACUGCCACCUAUUCUGUUUAAUGUUCUCAGGUGUGUAAAAACUCUCACCAGUUCCUUCUGCUUCCCUGAGCCAGGGCCAUGGUGAAGGCUCUGGGAUUGGGCAUUGAGCCUUCCCUGACUUUAUCCCUUGGCCUGACUUGGAGCUGUCUCUGGAUGUAGCUUGCACAGCCAGGGCCCUUGUCCUAGAUUCUUCUCCCCAGCUGGGCUUGAAGCCUUCCUAGCUAGGGCUUGACCUGCGUGCUAUUGCUUCAGCUGGUCAGAGAGACAUCUUGGACCAGGCUGGGAUGCUCAAUGGAUUUUAUAGACAUCAGCCUCCUUCAGACUUUAAAAACAUGGUCCCUCCUCUAAAGGACUGGUCGUUGUGUCUUUCUCUACAUGUUAAACCAUAUUGAAAGGACAUUUUAUAGCCACAAUAUGUCAUCAGAGAAAGAGUAUUUCCAGACCCGUGCCUUGUUUUCUACUUCAUGUGUGCUGUGUAAGGGUGGCGUGCCCACUGGCUGAUGCAGCACUAAUCUCCAUUGCUUUGGGGGUAGUUCAAGGCCUUUUGAAAUGGAGCUUUUGCACUUUAUGCUUUUUUUGUGAACUGACUAUGGUAGCUAUGUUUAAUAGUGAAGCCGGAAAUGACAUUUUCUGUGAAUAAAUAUGUAUCUACAUUUGUAUCUAUCUCCAAAAUGAUUUCUGAAGUCAAUUUCAUGGACUGUAGAGCAAAGCACAUUUGCUAAUAAACUUGGGUACCUUUGUUACUAAAUCAGUGUAGUCAUUGUUGCUUUCUUCUCAGAGCUGUGAAAUGA